AUGCACGCGUAUCCCCUCCUCUUCCUUGCACUACAAGCCUAUUCCCAGUAUACAGCCACGUACGACCCCACGAGCCUGCCUGACAAGUCCGAGUCCGAGCAGCUGGGGACAAACCGCUGUGGCACCGGCAGCAGUCAAGAGUCAGUGUGCCAGAAUGUGUUUGUGAACGCAAUAGAUGAUUUCUGCCUGUGGGGCCCGCCGUAUGGGGGACCGAACUCGACUAUUGGGGAGACGGAGCCGAUUGUCGUCUCCUGGUGUCUUAAGUCAGGAUACGGAACCCGCCUGAUCCCCGGGAACACCCUGCGCAGUGCGCACUUUGUGCAGACCCCCUCCUACGUGCAAGUAACAGGCCUGGGCGACCUCACAUCCCUCAACAUCCCCGCCGGUGACACGGGUGGCGAGCUCGACCCACACGGCGCUGACGGACUGGGGAACCCGCACGGAGGACUCGUCUUCGGAAACUCGUUUGGCGCAAUGAGGCAGUAUCAUGAGUGGACGAGCUUCAUGGCGCAUGACGAGUUCUGCAUCAGGGCGUGUUUGGAUGGCCCCGAGGCUGCUGUUGUGUGCAACCAUGUGUAUGAUGUCAUGGGCUGUCGGUGGAAUUUGCCUGGGAACUACGAUGACGGCACGUUCACGUCCUGCGACGCGGAUGCGGGGGAACCGAUGGGCGUAUACGGUACCAGUACUUGGCCCUCAGAACAGCAACAUAAUGGUGGUCCCGCCCCCUCCGCACACCCCGCCCCGGCAUCAAGCAGCUGCAAGACGGUGUCCCUGGUGGAGAACGCAGUUGUGAGCGGGACGACGACUCUUACGGCGAGUGGGUCUACGGCUACUCGGACUGCGACUGGAGCUGGGACGGGAGCGGGGACUGGGAGUGGUGGGAGGGCGAAUGGGAGCCCCCCGAGGACUUCGGGCUUGCCAUCCCAGACUGCGAGCGCUGCAGAGCGCGGGAAGUUAGAAUUACCGAUGUUGUUGGUCAGUGUAGUCCUAGGAGUUAUGGGGCUGCUUUGA